CAUGUGUGACGAAGACGAGACCACCGCUCUCGUAUGCGACAACGGCUCUGGCCUGGUGAAAGCUGGCUUCGCAGGCGAUGAUGCCCCUAGGGCUGUAUUCCCGUCCAUCGUGGGCAGACCUCGCCACCAGGGUGUCAUGGUGGGCAUGGGACAGAAGGACUCCUAUGUGGGCGACGAGGCGCAGAGCAAGCGAGGUAUCCUGACCCUCAAGUACCCCAUUGAGCACGGCAUCAUCACUAACUGGGACGACAUGGAGAAGAUCUGGCAUCACACCUUCUACAAUGAGCUGCGGGUGGCCCCAGAAGAGCACCCCACCCUGCUCACGGAGGCCCCUCUAAACCCCAAGGCAAACCGGGAGAAGAUGACGCAGAUCAUGUUUGAGACCUUCAACGUGCCUGCCAUGUACGUGGCUAUCCAGGCUGUGCUUUCCCUCUAUGCCUCUGGCCGUACCACCGGCAUUGUGCUGGACUCUGGAGACGGCGUCACCCACAAUGUGCCCAUCUAUGAGGGCUACGCCCUGCCCCACGCCAUCAUGCGUCUGGACCUAGCGGGCCGCGACCUCACAGACUACUUGAUGAAGAUCCUCACAGAGCGCGGCUACUCUUUCGUGACCACAGCUGAGCGCGAGAUCGUUCGGGACAUCAAGGAGAAGCUGUGCUAUGUGGCCCUGGACUUUGAGAACGAGAUGGCAACGGCUGCCUCCUCCUCCUCCCUAGAGAAAAGCUACGAGCUGCCUGACGGGCAGGUCAUCACUAUAGGCAACGAGCGAUUCCGCUGCCCAGAGACGCUCUUCCAGCCCUCCUUCAUCGGCAUGGAGUCGGCCGGUAUCCACGAGACCACUUACAACAGCAUCAUGAAGUGCGACAUUGACAUCAGAAAGGAUCUGUAUGCCAACAAUGUCAUGUCUGGGGGCACCACCAUGUACCCGGGUAUCGCAGACCGCAUGCAGAAGGAGAUCACUGCGCUGGCGCCCAGCACAAUGAAGAUCAAGAUCAUUGCGCCCCCUGAGCGCAAGUACUCCGUAUGGAUCGGUGGCUCCAUCCUGGCCUCGCUGUCCACAUUCCAGCAGAUGUGGAUCACCAAGCAGGAGUACGACGAGGCUGGGCCCUCCAUUGUCCACCGCAAAUGCUUCUAAACACAGCUCCUCU